AUGCUUAGUAUGUCAAGUAUUUUUGGUGAGAUAUGCCAGCUUUUCUGUUGUCCUCCGCGACCUUCUCAUAUUGUCGCAAAGUUGGCCUUCUUGCCGCCCCCGCCGACUUAUUCUAUCACCACGUCGGCUAACGAUUCAACCUGUCGCAUUGAUUUCAAACCCGAAGCUGGUUGGCAGAUUUCUGAAGAUUUAAAAUCUAAACUGACAGUUUUUUAUACGCUUACAAAACGUCAAUCUCGAAUUGUUUGUAUGCAUAUACCAGCAAAUUCUGUUAUGUCACCAUCACAGUUCUCAUCGAACCUAUCGUCACGUCGUGCUUUGUCUUCACAAUCAAGAGUAAGAAGUCCUGCACUUAGUGUUAGUUGUCCAACUCUUAUUGAUGAAGGCAAAUAUGGAUCAGCUCAUCCAGCUUUCUACGGUGAUUCAUCACAUCAGGCAAAUUAUACAGUAUUAUUCAGUCAUGGGAAUGCAGUUGACAUUGGCCAGAUGGCUGGAUUUCUUCAAUCCUUGGCAUAUCGUUUUGGUGUAAAUAUUCUAUGCUAUGAUUAUUCGGGUUAUGGUGCAAGUUCUGGUCAAAGAUUAGAAGAAAAUUUAUACGCAGAUGCGGAUGCAGUGUUGCAUGAAUUAAGGGAACGCUUCAAUGUACCGCUUAAUCGUAUUGUGUUAUAUGGACAAAGUAUUGGAACUGCACCUACAGUUGAACUGGCGACUAAGUACAAGGUUGCUGGUGUUGUUCUUCACUCUCCAUUUAUGUCUGGUCUACGUGUUGUCUGUCCUGGAACAACUCGUCGAUUCUGUUUUGAUCCUUUUACAAACAUCGAUAAAGUCUCUCGGAUACUUUCACCAACUCUAAUUAUUCAUGGAACUGAUGAUGAAAUCAUUGGCAUUGAUCAUGGCAGAGAAUUAUAUUCUCGGCUUACUUAUCCUCUGGAACCUGCAUGGAUUGAAGGAGCAGGUCAUAAUGAUAUUGAGUUAUUCUCUGAGUAUGCGGCUCGAUUAGAUCGAUUUUUCAAUGAAGAUAUUAUUGAUUCCCAGUGUGAGAUUUCUUCAAAUGUGAUCGAUUCUGUGGCAGAAUCUCUUCAUACUCAAGACUCUUCGAAUCUUCGUCAACAGACAUCACUUCCUAGUCAGUCAGCUAGUGUAAAAUCUACAGAAGUAAAAGAAAAUGUUUGUUCAACAUCUCAGUCUUCCAUUCAUGGCAAUACUACCGAAGUCUUUAGUGGUGCAGUCGAUGUUGUUACAUCAGCUGCAUCCACAGAGUCUACCUCGAGUGCUGCGACAUCUGUAUUUAAAUGUGAAUCUCCUGGUGAUGAUAAUACAGGUACUUCUGUUGGUGGUGGUGAUAAAGCUGUUAGUGAAAGUGCUACCAAGAGUAAUACAACAUCGUCAAAUGCUUCUUCAGACAAUGUUUGUACCACUCCUAAUGGAAUUCAGUCCACUUCUAGUACUGCUCAAUUGUUUCACUAG